AUGGACUACAACGACCUGGCCUCGAUGACCCUGUCGUCGCCCAUGAUCAACUAUAGAAAAGACGCUAAAAAAGCUGUCAAGUUCACUUUCAUGGUGGCAGGCGAACCCGGAACGGGCAAAACGACUUUUGUCAACUGCUUGUUGAACAGAAAAGUCAUGAGCCACAAGUAUGAAGGUGUAGACGCGCUGGGCGAUACCAAGACGUUGGCUUUCACUUCUGCUCAAAACGUCAAUUUACCCAAUGCGUCAAUCUUGGCCACAAACGAGUUUGACCCAACAAGUGCUCAGGAAGAGCCGGGGAUCGCUCUCACAGAGACCAAGGUGGAGAUCAUCGAUGAUGACGGGAUCAGAAUGCAGCUAAAUAUCAUCGAUACUCCCGGGUUUGGCGAGAACUUGAACAACGAAAUGUGCUACCUUGAAAUUGAGAAUUUCUUGAAGCAGCAGUUCGACUUGGUUUUGGCAGAGGAAACGAGAAUUAAGAGAAACCCUCGUUUCGUGGACACGCGUGUCCACUGUUUACUCUACUUCAUCACGCCGACUGGUCACGGUUUGCGUGACUUGGACAUUUCCACGAUGAAAAGAUUGGCCAAAUACGUGAAUAUCAUCCCGGUCAUUGGCCGUGCUGACUCCUUCACAUUGGAAGAAAUUCAGCACUUCAAACAGCAGAUCAAAAUCGACAUUGAACGUUUCAACGUUCCCGUGUUCCAGUUCGACAACUUUGUCAGCGAGUACGACGAGGCUGAGGACUACGACUUGAUUCAGGAGUGUAAGUUCUUGACGAGAUUGCAGCCAUUCGCUAUAAUAGCUUCGGAGCAGGAUUUCGAAAUCAAGGAUACCAACACUGGCGAAACCAAGGUCGUGAAGGCAAGGCAAUACCCAUGGGGACUUGUAGACGUGAACAAUCCAAAGUACUCCGAUUUCCCGAUUUUGAAGUCGGUGCUUUUGGGCUCCCAUUUGCAAGACUUGAAGGACUUAACUCACGACUUCUUGUAUGAGACAUACAGAACCGAAAGAUUGACAGGUGUUACCGGUAAAGGCAUCAACGAUGAUGAAGAAGAGACAUUCCACGAUUCGACGGAUGCCCCUCUGGGUAUUGCCAACGCAGUACCUUCGUUAUCAAACUUGGCCAAGUUGACGGACGAGUCUGCUUUCAAGCUUGACCAGGAUAAGAAUGAGUCUGACGAUAACACUUCGAUGUUGCUGAGUCUGUCUAAGAAGCCUCGCUCGAUGCUCAUAUCAGAUGAAACUUCCUCCAAAUCACCCAAGGUCAAAGAAAACGCGUCCUUUACGUCGUCUAUAUCCAACGCUUCUGAGCGUGAGAGCCAGUAUAGUCAUUACGACCGUGCUAACGGCUCGUUUAAGAGAUACUCCAUCGGUCCUCAACGAAGCCACUUGAGACAGAUCUCUGAGACGGUGCCGUACGUGAUAAGACAUGAAAGAAUCUUAGAGAGACAACAGAAGCUAGAGGAGAUGGAGCAGGCCAGUGCAAGAGAGUUGGCCAACAGAGCACAGAGCUUGGAGCAGAAGGCUGCUGCAUUAAAGGCGAAGGAGAAGAUGCUCUUGCAAAAAUUGGAGGCGUACAAGAAAAAGCAAGCCCUCUCGGGGACUACAUCUGUAAACACAGAAGGUGGAGACACAGAGAAAGAGCUGGAGACACUGAAGACGUUUGCCAUCAAAAAGGAUGAAACGCUCACCGACUUGCAUCUGGUUGUUAGUCAGAAGUGA